AAAAAUAUAGUCAUUAAUGUCAAAACGAAAAUAGAAAUAUCUCAUUUCGUUAUUCAUAUAAAAAUAUAAAAUAAUAAAUAAUACAAUCUUAUGUGAUGCAUAUAGUUGGAUAAUAAUUUUCCCCUACUAUCAUUUAAAAAAAAUUACAUCAUAUGUAUACCAAAAAUGAGACGGGAAUAGAGAAUGCGAAAUCUUGAAUUUUUAUAAAACACUGUAUUACUGAGAGUGAAAGUAACUGGUUGAAUAAGGCCAAUUUAUUUAUUUACAUUUUUUUCUUUUUUAAAUGAAUUUACCCUUAUAAUAAUUUUAUGGUGUCUACACAUGUUAUACACGCGUGAAUUAAAUAUUAUUUUAUUUAUUAUUUUAAUAAAUUCAUGUAAUCAACAAUAACAUUUUUUUGAAACAAAAAAAAAAAUAAAUAAAGUGUGAAUUUUUUUUUUCCAUCAAGUGUGUUUAUAAAUUAAUUAAAAUGUUUAUUAUUUUUUAUUUUUGUUUAUUUAUUAGUGGCCUGAGUGCAAUGAAAUUUGAGGAUGCAUUUAAAACUUGUUAUCCUGAUGUUAAUGGUUUCGAUUCAUGUGUAAGAGAGGGAUUAAAUAUGAUACGUCCAUUUUUUAAAAGUGGAUUACCAGAAUAUAAUAUUGCACCAUUUGAUCCAUUUUAUGCACGUGAAGUAACAGCUAAACGUGGUUUUAAUAAUUUUGGUUUUACAUUAACACUGAGAAAUAUAACUGAGAGUGGAUGGACAUCAUCUAAAGUUACAAAAUUCGUCAGUGAUUUAAAUAAUUACAAGAUUGUUUAUACACAAAGUUUCCCAGCAAAAUUUUUAAUUGGAAAUUAUGAAUUUACUGGAAAAAUGUUUGGCUCAAAGAUGAACAAUAAAGGAAAAUUUACUCUUGAUUUAUAUGAUCUUGUACAAACAACAACUGUUACAAAAAAACCAGGUACAAAAUUAACAGUUCGUGUUGAAGUUGAAACAAUACGUGAUUUAAAAUUACACAUUACAAAUCUUCUUCAAGGACGUUCAUUUUUAGAAAAUUUCAUUGACAGAAUAAUAAAUGGUGCAUGGCAGCCUGGUUUUGUUGUAACUCGUGGUAUUAUUAAUGAUCUAGUAUCAAAUGGUUUUACCGAAAUAUUUGGUUCAGCAUUUAAUGAUUUUUCUUUCGAUAAAAUAUUCAAAUCAAAACCUAAAAAACUUGAAUAAUUAUCAUUUAAAUGAUAUAAUAAAAUAAAAUUCAAGUC